AUAACAGCCCGGACCUGCUCAGUGAACCUCUUCCCAUCUCCCUUCUGCACCUUCAUUGGUUGAAACCCUACAUACAACCAGCCUGUUCCUUUGCAUUGGAAAUAUCUCUGCCUGGGAGGAAAUUAUAUCACAGCACCGAGAUCUGCCACAAGUUUACUGAAAGCAGAUGAGGACCAAACAUAUUUCAGAAAUACUUUGACUCCUAGUUGGACACAGUUUAUCCUACAUUGCAAAACCCACGAGGCGGUUAAAACAGCUUUUGGAACUAUGUCUGCUGGAAACAAAGAGACUCGGAGAGACACUGAAUGCCAAAGUGGAACUGAGUAUUUCUCAAACCCUUUGAUGAGCGAUGUUGCAUCGGACUGGUCUCCAAUUCAUGAUGCUGCCUACAAUGGACGGAUCCUCGCUCUGCAGAGGCUCAUUGCUCAGGGUACACGUGUGAAUCUGAGCACUCUGGACAAGGUCUCGCCCCUCCAUGGAGCAUGCAUGCAGGGCCACACGGCUUGCGCCAAGCUUCUGAUGGACAAUGGGGCAAAUGUAAACAAUUCAACUGCGGAUGGACAAACUCCCUUGACAGAAGCGUGUGCUCAGGGCCAUGUGGCUUGCGUGUCGCUGCUUCUUCAGCAUGGAGCAGCUUCUCUGGGGACCAGCCAGUCCAGUUCUCCAAUCCACAGGGCUGCAGCCAAAGGUCACCCAGAGUGCAUCGAGCAUCUCGUUCAGUACGGUGCAGAUGUGGAUCAGCAUAUUGACCAACUCGGCUCUCCUCUCCAGGUUGCCUGCAACAAUCAGCAUUUAAGUACUGUAAAGAAACUGCUGCAACUCGGUGCUUGUGUGAACAGAAAUGCAUCCGGCGACUCGCCCCUGCACAUUGCUGCUCGUCUGUCCAGCCCUGAGUUGGUGUCUGUCCUGCUUGACCAUGGGGCAGAUCGCUUCCGCAUGAAUUCAGAAGGCAAACGGCCACUGGACCUGGCAACUCCCAGCAGCCCGGCGGAGAGACUGCUGAAACAAGCAGGAGGAGUGUCUCCUCUAAUGCAGCUGUGUCGGCUAUACAUCAGGAAAAUUACGGGCAAGCAGAGGCUGGGUGGGAUUUGUGACCUUCACCUCCCCACAGCGCUGAUACAGUAUCUCCUCUACCAAUCAGACCGGAGUGGAGAUCUAAUGCACUGAAAGUCCUCAACCUUCCAACCUCAGAUUCUUCAGACUGACAACAUUUGGUCAGUAGGGGGCAGGCUUGUAUAACGUUACAGGGAGAUGAUGACUUCAUGACUCAUUCUUGAGGAAAUAAUUAACUGCAAUUCCCUCUUUGUGACAGACCUCGGAACAAACAUCAAUCUGGACGUUUAUAUGGAGACUUAAAAGUCCUGGAGCGAGAUGCCAACAUGAGCAGUAAAGAACAAGACAUUUUAAGCGAGAAUAAAAGCUGCAGAUUACAUGUUAAAGUUUAUACAUUGAAGCUACUGAAAAACUAUUUUUGACAUUGCACGUGUGCCUUCUUUAAUAUUGAUUUUUUGAUAUUUUUGCACUGAAAGACUUUCUAGAUGUUGCUGCAGAGUGUACUGUUGUUUACACAAAAGGAUUUUUUGCAAUGUGUCAUUCGAAUGAACCCUGAUUUCUUGACUAUUUUGAAUAAAAGAUGUGUCUCAGG